UAUUUGAAGUAAAAAAGCAAAGGCCUCCAAAAAAAAAACAAAAAAAAAGAAGCUUCUCCAGAAUCUCUCUAAGAACCCUAAAUUAAACCCGACUGUGUGGAGAAGGAGAAUUAGCUGAAGAGUUUGAGCUUUAAUUUUAUCUUUAUAAGAGAUUGAAUAUAGUUGUGUUGAUUAAGAGGUACGAAAACGAUGAUGGAAAUAGAGGACUAAACUUUGAACAAGCCCGAAAAGGCUAGGGCGUACUCUUACUUGAUCUCGCUUUGGGAUUGCUUAGGCAGAUAACAGAUUAUUCGGGAGAUAAAUCAGAUUUAAACCAAGUCAAUGGCUUCACAAUUCGGUCCUCGGACAAAUUCUGCAAGCUCAGUGGAUUCACAGGGUCAAAAUACAUCUUUGCAGAGACUUCAUCACGUUGAGAAGAGAGUAGUUAGGGUUUUGGAGCUUGCUGGAGGUGUAAUGGAUGAAUUGUCGAACGCUACUGGUCCUAGAGUAGAGGUUGUUAACAACCACUGUCGUGAGUUCAUGCAAUCGAUAAAGGAUAUUCAAGUGACCCUGCGGGAAGAAAUCAAAAGUGCUUGCGAAUACCGUCCCUUCGAGAAAUGUGAUUACAGUUCAAGAAUAUCCAACGAGAUUUGCUGCAAGAAGCUGGAGUAUAUAAUGGAGCAGCUGGACAACAUGAAGCAAAGUAUAGAACGAUAUGAUACUUCAGUCUGACCUCAUUUAGUGCAGAGGUACACAUUCUAUGUAAGAACAAGCCCCUAGCCGGGUGCAUAUACACCAAGCUGAUUGGUUGUUGAUUAAUUUCGAUAUAAGAAAAUACAUUUUGAAGGGGAUGAAACCAUAUUAUGUUCACUGAUGUUGUUAUCAAUUUUUUUUUUUUUUUUAUCAUUUCAA